AUGGCGGGCAGGCCUGUGGUUGCAGCAUCAGGCCAGUGGCUGGAUGGUAUUCGGAAAUGGUAUUACAAUGCUGCAGGAUUCAAUAAGCUGGGCUUAAUGCGUGAUGAUACAAUGUUCGAAGACGAAGACGUAAAGGAAGCCAUAAGAAGGCUUCCUGAGAACCUUUAUAAUGAUAGAAUGUUUCGCAUUAAGAGAGCAUUGGACCUGAGCCUGAAGCAUCAGAUCUUGCCGAAAGAACAGUGGACAAAAUAUGAGGAGGAUAAAUUCUACCUUGAACCAUAUCUCAAAGAGGUUAUUCGGGAAAGAAAAGAAAGAGAAGAAUGGGGAAAGAAGUAAUCACAGUUGAAAUCUGUGGAUACAGCUGUCUUCAAAAUAUUUUUAUGAACUUGAUUAAGCCUGAAAUAUAAUUUUAAGAAUUAUUUAGUCUUCAGACAUCCUACUUUAAAUAAAUG